UGAGAAGUCAAAUUAGGAGACUGAAAUUUUGCCGGAAGAAACCUGCAUCCGGACCUGCGAUGAUGGAUUUCGUAUGUCGCCUGAUGCAUCCCCCCAUAUAAUUUAUAUGUACAGAUUGUAUCACUUUUAUUCGUCAAAGGGCAACUGCAUUAUGGUAGGUGUAAAAUUGAAACCUAGGGUUCCCGAAGACAUUAAUGGGAUUACCCUUGACCCGCAACCCGAUUGGAGCUUUGAUGCUCUGUUAUUGGAGCUCAGUUCAAUUGAAAGGAAGGUUGCUGCAUCUCCAAAGUUUCCAGCAUAUACCAAGAUAUGUUCUCGGGAACAUUAUGAUUCAAAGAGUGGUGCUCUGCGGCAGGGUUUUGUUAUGAAGGCGCCAAGUGAUUGUGAAGAUGAGGUUUCUGAACAAUCUGUCACUCCAGGCAUGCAAAUUACUUGUGAUAACCUUUAUUCAAGGGAACAUUAUGCUUCAAAGAGUGGUGCUCUGCGGCAGGGUUUUGUUAUGAAGGCGCCAAGUGAUUGUGAAGAUGAGGUUUCUGAACAAUCUGUCACUCCAGGCAUGCAAAUUAGUUGUGACAACCUUUAUUCAAGUGAUGGUCAAAUUUCCGAAGAUGAGGCAUCUUUUGAAGUAGACCUGCAUCCAAUGGAAAGAGUUGGGUGGGUGGAAGGCGCUUUGUCUGCGCUAACUUGUGAGCAUCGCCUUAACGUUAUGGAAACUGUGAGAAACAGAAUAUCAGCAUUUCAAACAGCUCUGUUGGAUGAGCACCAUAUAUUUUCAUCUAAGCUUCAAAUGGUUGCGAAGGAUUAUGAAGCAGUAUCGAAAAUGGAUCGAUCGCUUGACAUGCAGUAUCAGCGCAAAACUGCAGAAGCACUUGAAGAUCACUUGAUAUCUGUACGAAGGGAUCAUGAACAUAGAUCCCAAAUAGAAGAAAGGAGAAUAAGAUAUGAUACAGCCCUUGAAUUGGCUGAAAGAACAGAGAAGGCUUUUAAGGAAGAGAUAUGGCUAGAAACAAAUAGAACAGAGCAAGAGGUACAGCCUAAGGUAAUAGAGGAUGUUGGAAAGAAAAAGGAAAAAACAGCAGAACUGGAAGCUCAGAGAAAAGACGUUGAAGAGGCUGCAGAGGAGAAUACCUCUGAGAAUGUCAAGAAUAUUGCUACUGGCCAUCACAAGGUCUCAGACCAGACAGCGGAGUUCGGACAAGAUGUGCGUAAUUCAUCACAAUCAGCAGGUUCAGCACACUUCCGGUCAGCUGAAAUGACUAAUCAAGAAAUAUGGAAGUCCCAACUUGAAAGCAUGGGCAAAGGGAUUUCCCAGUUUCAGCUACUAGUACCAGGACGUAGUAUAAAAGCUGCAAAAAACGCAUUGGAUAUAGAGAAGGAAAGAUCUAUGCUGUAUAUGGAAUUAACUGUAAAGAACGAGGCGUUGGGGUUAGGCACUAAAAUGGAAUAUAAAAGACACGAGAUUGAAAUCCGUAGAAGGAUAAGAACCAUAUCAGGUUUGGAACAAAAUGUUAGGGCCAAAGCGGACAAUUUGAUUAAGUUAAUAGAUUAUUCACCAUAUCCUACCAUAAGCAUUGCAAUCUUUGCAAAAGAGAUUAUCAACCGGUUUGUGGUUCUUGCGCUUGGAAAUUCUAACAGUAUUCUUUAUAGCUAUGGCCGUGUAAUUGUUCUUGUUACAUCUCAGGUUCCUCUUGCUAUGGAUAUUAUCCUUGCUGAAUUGAACAAAAAUUGCAUCUACACAGUUCCAAAGCAUUUAGUGUACUCUCAGUCAGACUUCUUGAACCAAAGAGCCUAUUGUACAGCUAUUGGAUAUCAAGUAGAAGAAGAUGGGAAGAUUGAAACUGAUAGUAGUUACCUAAAUCGGUUAUGUGCCUACAUGAAACUAUACGGGGCUAUUGUUCAGACUGAAGUUGAAGGGUUCCAGAACAUGCAUGGGCAUCGAGAAGGUUGGGCAUGGUUGGCUAGACUCUUAAAUGCAGUCCCGGCAAACGUGUACACUGUUGCGGCCUUAAACGCUUUUCUUGAAGUUGCUGGUUUUGGGCUACACAGAAGAUAUAAGCAUCAUAUUGAGAAGCUAUUGAACAUCCUCACUAGUAGAGACUUCUUGAAAGCUUUGGACGAAGGUCUUCAGUCACACAUAGUGGUCACUGAGCUCCAUAGUUAUGUAGAGUCAAAGGGUCGACAUCUAGCAGAUCACCUACUUUCAAACACUGCUGUAAUAAGUAUAAACACUUGUGUUGCAUAGAGUUGCUUCUAAGUUGUUACAGUUGAAGAUUGAGGCUUUUGAUAAAAAUCUGAACUUCUUAGGACUUGUUUAUGUUUUUAAUCAUUUGUGUAUAACUGAGAUUCAGACGUGUUCGUGUAUGAAUACACAACAGAAAAUGUUGUAGUACCACUAUUCUUUCAAUAAGAUACAAAUAGUUUUGGAUUAAAAAA